AUCGCUCUCUGUCCUCCCCUCCAAGGUCCCACCACCGUGAUGUCGGAGGGCACCCGGAACAUUGUGGCCGCCAUGAAGGCCCAUGGUGUGGACAAGGUCGUGGCCUGCACCUCGGCUUUCCUUCUGUGGGACCCAACUCAGAUCCCUGCCCGGCUUCAGGCAGUGACCGAUGACCACAUCCGGAUGCAUAAAUUGCUGCUGGAGUCGGGGCUGCAUUAUGUGGCUGUGAUGCCCCCACACAUUGGGGACCAGCCACUGACAGGGGCCUACAACGUGACUGUGGAUGGACGGGGUCCCUUCAGAGUGAUCUCCAAACAUGACCUGGGACACCUCAUGCUUCGAUGCCUCACCACAACAGAAUAUGAUGGGCAUAGCAUCUACCCUUCCCAUCAGUAUACCUAGAAGAAAAUGUAGCCUCUGUGCCAUGUACCCAAUCCCCACCUAUGGACCAGGGUGAGAAGGAGCAGCUCUAAGCCCUGGCCUUGGGAAGCAGAGAAUGGGGCCCGGGCUGGCUGAGAGAGGAAGGGAGCAAAUAAUAAUAAAAGGUGGCGUAGCCCCAAGCGCUGAA